CAAGUUUACUUGAUUCAUUUGAACUGAAUUAUUUUCUAGUUUGCUGCAAAAUUCGAUCGUUUUUACAGCCUUCCUUACUGAGAUCUAUUUUGUUUAACAGUCGUAGGCGAGCUAGGAUGUCAAGUUUUGAUGGAAGAUACGCUUUUAUAGCAGAUUGGUACGAUCCCAAUGCAGCCCUGACGCGAAAAUAUCAACUGUUUUAUUAUCCCAGUGACACCACUGUUGAAAUGUUUGAUAUUAAAAACAAACGGGUGUUUCUGAAGAGAUCAAAGUGUGAGGCCAUUCGAUUACAUGAUUUGCACAUUGGUGCUGUCGUGAACAUUCAUUCAAGACAGUUAACAAUAAAAGAUUAUGCUGAUACAAGUACAUCCAACCGUCUGAAAUCCAAAAAUGAAAAAACCUUUGCUAUGGUUAAACCGGAUGCCAUCCAAGAAGUGGGUACCAUUAUUGAUACCAUCUACCAAAAUGGCUUUGCCAUUUGUAACAUGAAGUCUGUGGUUUUCUCAAGAAACGAAGCUGAGCAGUUUUAUGGAGAGCAUUUUGGCAAGCCUUUUUUCAAUAAUCUGAUGUCUUUCAUGACCUCUGGACCUGUGCUUGCUAUUGAGUUGAAGGCAGAAAGCGCAGUUAGUCGCUGGAGAUCUUUAAUAGGUCCCACCGAUUCUAGAGCAGCACGAACUGAAGCUCCUGGUUCUCUUCGUGCAAGAUUCGGAUUCGAUAACACGAAGAAUGCCUGUCAUGGUUCUGAUUCGGAUCAGUCUGCAAAUAGGGAGACCGAUUUCUUUUUCGGACCAACUGCAAGGCAACGCAGCACAGCAAGAUGUGCAGACUCCACGCUUUGUAUUAUUAAACCUCACGCCGUCAAGGAAGGUGUCGCAGGAAAGAUACUUGUAGCUAUGCAAGAAAAUGGUUUCUACUUGAACGCCUUGCAAAUGUUUCACAUGGAGGUGGCAAAUGCAGAAGAAUUUUUUGAAGUCUACAAGGGUGUUGUGCUAGAGUAUAGUAAAAUGGUGGAUGAACUGUGCAGUGGACCAUGUAUUGCAGUUGAGGUCUGCGGUGAAGGGGAUGUACACAAAGCCUUUCGAGACUUUGUUGGACCAUCCGAUCCGGAAGUUGCCAAACAUCUUCGUCCCCAAACUUUACGCGCAAAGUUUGGAGUUGACAAAGUGAGAAAUGCUGUUCACUGUACCGACUUACCAGACGACGCAAGUUUGGAGGUGGAGUAUUUCUUCAAAAUAUUAAACCAAUAAGUGCACAGGCGCUAUCAUAAACCACUCGUAUUUCCCUCCCACAGAAGGAUGGUAAAUGUAAAUUAUAUCAAGUCACUGCAUGCACAUAGUUCUAAUUGUAAAUA